GCUUGGGUCCUGGUGCGCGGGGAGCAGGCGGGAGAGAAAGGCCAUGGCUGAACCCUGCAGUACCGGAGCCCCUGCCUCCCGCUGGAAACGCCACAUCGUGCGGCAGCUGCGGCAGCGGGACCACACGCAAAAGACCCUCUUUCUGGAGCUGGUGCCGGCCUAUAACCGCCUCCUGGAGAAGGCUGAGCUACUGGCCCGGUUCUCAGAGAAGCUGCAGCCAGAGCCAAAUGAUGUCACUCCUGCUACCCAUCAGGGGCCCUGGGAGGAAGAGUCGGGGCCUGAUACAGACCAAGUCUCAUCGCCAGCCACUCUGAGGGUAAAGUGGCAAGAGGAGGAGGAGGGGCUCCGGCUGGUCUGUGGUGAGAUGGCAUACCAGGUGGUGGAGAAGAGCGCAGCCCUGGGCUCCCUGGAGUCGGAGCUGGAGGAGCGGCAACGCAGGCUGGCGGCUCUGGAGGCCCGCGUGACACAGCUGCAGGAGGCGCGGGUGCAGCACGCUCAGCAGGUGGACGCUCUGCAGGCGCGGAACGCGGCUCAGCGGGCGGCCUAUGAGGCGCUGCGCGCGCACGCUGGACUCCAGGAGGCGGCAUUGCGCAGGCUCGAGGAAGAGGCGCAAGACCUGCUGGAGAGGCUGGUGCAGCGCAAGGCGCGCGCCGCUGCGGAGCGCAACUUGCGCAACGAGCGCCGGGAGAAGGCCAAGCAGGCGCGGGUAUCCCAGGAGCUGAAGAAAGCCGCCAAGCGGACAGUGAGCAUCAGCGAGAACCCAGACACCCUAGGAGAUGGAAUCAGGGAGGGGGCCGAGAUGACUCCAGCCCUGCCUGCUGAGCCAGAGUUUCUGGAUAGUGAGGCUGGUGAGAAGUGGAAGAAGAGGGCCUUCAGGUCUGCCUCUGCCACCUCUCUGACGCUGUCCCGCUGUGUUGAUGUGGUGAAGGGGCUUCUGGAUUUCAAGAAGAGGAGAGGCCACUCAAUUGGGGGAGCCCCUGAGCAGCGAUACCAGAGCAUCCCUGUGUGUGUGGCCGCCCGACUUCCAACCUGGGCUCAGGAUGUGCUGGAUGCCCACCUCUCUGAGGUCAAUGCUGUUCUUUUUGGACCCAACAGCAGCCUCCUGGCCACUGGAGGGGCUGACCGUCUCAUCCACCUCUGGAAUGUUGUGGGAGGUCGUCUGGAGGCCAACCACACCCUUGAAGGAGCUGGCGGCAGCAUCACCAGUGUGGACUUUGACCCUUCGGGCUCCCAAGUAUUGGCAGCUACUUACAAUCAGGCCGCUCAGCUCUGGAAGGUGGGAGAGGCACAGUCCAAGGGGCAGGAGACACUGUCUGGACACACAGACAAGGUGACAGCUGCCAAAUUCAAGCUAACACGGCAUCAGGCGGUGACUGGGAGCCGAGACCGGACAGUGAAGGAGUGGGACCUUGGCCGUGCCUACUGCUCCAGGACCAUCAAUGUUCUUUCCUACUGUAAUGACGUGGUGUGUGGGGACCAUGUCAUCAUUAGUGGCCACAAUGACCAGAAGAUCCGGUUCUGGGACAGCAGGGUGCCCCGCUGCAUCCAGGUCAUUCCUGUGCAAGGCCGGGUCACCUCCCUGAGCCUCAGCCAUGAUCAGCUGCAUCUACUCAGCUGUUCUCGUGAUGAUACACUCAAGGUCAUCGACCUGCGUGUCAGCAAUAUCCGCCAGGUGUUCAGUGCUGAUGGCUUCAAGUGCGGUUCUGACUGGACCAAAGCCGUGUUCAGUCCGGACAGAAGCUAUGCACUCGCAGGUUCCUGGGAUGGAGCCCUUUUUAUCUGGGAUGUAGACACUGGAAAAUUGAAGAAGAGCCUACGGGGACCCCACUGUGCUGCUGUCAACGCCGUGGCCUGGUGCUACUCCGGGAGCCAUGUGGUGAGCGUAGACCAAGCCAGAAAGGUUGUGCUCUGGCACUAGUGUGCACAACCUCCUGCCUGGGCUGGAGCUCCGGUCCGAAGUCUGAAGCCAGAGAACAGCUUCCCACUACUCUAUCUGGUUCCAGGGCCAGCGGGCAGGUGGGGUGGGGGUAGAGAGUUGGGGGAUGGCCUCAGGAUAUUUAGUUGGGACGAAGGCCUGGCAGGACCUGGCCUGUUUGUUUAAAAAAAAAAAAACAGUGUGGUUUGGUGGAGAUUACAGUAUUUUUAUGUUAA